AAGGACCUUGAUCAAAUCACUCUGGAUUUGGGAAAAGAGACAGGUGGAGUUGGACUGACAAUUAUCCUUGGAAUCAGAUGUGGAUGGAAGAGGAUUUAAUUUGAACAGAAAAUGUGCACAGCCAUAGAACGAAUAGUUCACCUGCUUCUUUAAACGGAAACACAUCCCCGAAAUAUCCGACUCCGGGACGAGUACCAGGCACAGCAUUAAACCUGAACCCAUUUCGCACAGUCCAGUAAGCAAGAAAUUAAUUCAUGCAACAGGGAAACGUAACUCCUGUAUUCCAGAGCACCUAAUUACAAACAGCCAACUCCUUUAAAAAAAACCAGCAGGACUCGUAAAUGAGGAUCGUCUCCUGCAUAAAAACAAACAAAGCGGCUAAGGACAUAAAAAUUCUACUUUCUUCUCCGGUUGCAUGUUGUUUACCGACACGUUGGAACCCACAGAACGGCGACAUCCUACGCAAGUGCCAUCAGGAUGAAUUGUCCUCAGUCCUUCGAGUGUGUAUUUAGGUCGUAGUAAGAAAUGAAUAUGAUUGCAGGUCCUUUACGGUGCUUCUGUCGCUACUAGUCUGCUGAUUCCAUUACAUGUGAUAUGGGAAACGUUACCCGACUUUGUCGACGACUAGUGCCUGUAACUCUACUGUGCAAGCAAGCGACCUCCUUUGUUCAGGACAUAAAUGCAUGUGUGUAAAGAAAGCACUCCAGGUGACUCCAGGACUCUUGACGAGAAAACACCACUUCAGGAUUUGAAUAAACUUGCUUUAGAGGAAUGUGUAAAGAAACCCUUUCUCCUGCCAGAAGAAUUCAAGUCCUGGUCGCAUGAGGACUGAGUUAAGGACAUAGUGAGUGCGAAGAGUGAAAUACCACGGGAAAUCUUACCGCUUAAGUGGACGAUAUAACGAAAAUCCUGUCGCGGUUCUUCGAAUAAUUAACAUCGUAUGUAUGAAAAAGUGAAUUGGAAGCAGUGUCGACCCUUACUCGUCCACCAGCAACUGUUAUUUGGAAAGAAAAGAAAACAUUCGUGCAGAAGAUGAUGGGGGCGUAAUACGACCAACGCCAAGUAGGACGUAUGCCAGGCCCCUGUUAUCCUUUGAACAUACUCUUAACCCACUUGCAUGGAUCCAUCUACAGUAAAUCAAAUUCUAACCGAAGCGUUUCCGUUCAACUUAACAGCAACAGCUACCACCACAGCAAUUAGUUCGUAUCCUUCCGAAGCAGCCGCGGCUGUUGCAGUGACAUUUCUUGAAGGCAGUGGCAUUUUGGAGAGUAACAUCGUUGCAUCUGGAACAUCAACGACCACGCUUAACAUAAGCAUCAAUCAGACAACUGCCCUGCAAGCUGGGGUAGGAAUCAACCAGACUGCCUCCGAUCUAUCAGCGAUCGCAGCAGCCAGUCUACCGCCAUUCCAGGCCAUCAUCGUGAGCAUCAUCCUUCUCAUUAUCAUCCUUGGGACCGUUAUUGGUAACGUACUGGUAUGUGUCGCAGUGUGUUUAGUACGGAAGCUGCGCCGGCCGUGCAACUACCUCCUGGUUUCCCUGGCGGUGUCGGACUUGUGUGUAGCAAUUCUAGUCAUGCCUACUGCCUUGCUGUACGAGGUACUAAAGAAAUGGAGUUUUGGUUCCGUAUUCUGCGAUAUAUGGGUCUCGUUCGACGUCCUGUGCUGCACUGCCUCCAUUCUCAAUCUGUGUGCCAUAUCCGUGGAUCGCUACUGGGCCAUCACAAAGCCCCUGGAAUAUGGAGUGAAGAGGACUCCCAGACGCAUGAUGAUGUGCGUCGGCCUGGUAUGGCUAGCAGCGGCCUGCAUCUCACUACCACCCCUCCUCAUACUCGGCAACGAACAUGUCGGCGAACACGGCGAGGCUGUCUGCUUCGUAUGUCAGAAUUUCGGCUAUCAAAUCUAUGCCACUUUAGGUUCCUUUUACAUCCCACUAACGGUCAUGUUGUUCGUCUACUACCAGAUAUUCAGAGCAGCCCGUCGAAUAGUCAUGGACGAGAAGCGUGCCCAGACCCGCUUAGAGAACGCUCUGAAUGGCGCGAUGCAGGACCAAAAACAGAUCGAUUCAGGGGGCGGGAUCCAUUGCUCCUCAGGCGGUGUAGGUUGCAAUACACCUGGACCGGGCGGUCCGGGAACAAUACUGAUUGGUUCGCCGCAUCAGAAGAAGCUUCGGUUUCAACUAGCCAAAGAACGAAAAGCAUCCACGACUCUAGGAAUUAUAAUGUCAGCAUUUACGAUAUGCUGGCUACCGUUUUUUAUAUUAGCUCUAAUUCGUCCAUUUUUAGAACGGGAGAAUCACCACAUUCCCGAGACUCUUUCGUCAUUAUUUUUAUGGCUUGGCUAUGCCAAUUCACUUCUAAAUCCAAUAAUUUAUGCAACUCUAAAUCGGGACUUCCGAAAACCCUUCCAGGAGAUACUGUACUUUCGAUGUUCCAGCUUGAACUUGAUGAUGCGCGAGGAUUUCUACCACAGUCAGUACGGGGAGCCGCCGUCCCAGCGAGUUGUACUUGGUGGUGAAGGACAAGGAGCACGCGAGAGUUUUCUCUGAAAAUUAUUGAAAAAAUGAACAGACCGUACCGUGGUCAACUCCCUUAAAUCCUGCGCCCAAGUGCAAGAACUGACUCUCUGAACCCACUCCCACCUUGCCUGUAAUGUCUUGUAGCCUAGCCAUUUAUCAUCCCGAUUUCAACUUUGCUAACACACAUACAUACACAACCCCAUUGGAUAUCCUUUUCACCGUAGAUUUAUUGUAAGAUGCAUCGCAAAGCGCUGCAUUAUGUGGUACUAUGACGAAGACUAUGUAUAGCUUAAACGUAUAAUAAUAGUGAGUAUGAUGAGCAUGUAUCUAAUUAAAGUAUAAUGUAGAAGUCCUUUCGUCCUUUCAUUUGCUCUUAUCAUUAUGUUUCUUUGUAACGAUUUUCUACGCUCCGUGUGUGCUUGAGUGCGACGAUAAGCUGUUUGUGAGGAUGCGAGCUGUGGUUACGUUAAUUAAAGGGACGACUUCCAUCCAUCUGCAUGGAAAAAACUUCAUUAGACCACCCAGUGACCACAAGGAUACUAGCAUGUUACGUCAAAUUCGUCGGUAUAUUUGCUGGGAUUGCAGUUAGGGAAACUCUAGGGUUAGGCUUUUUGCUGUUGGGCAUUUGAUUACGUUUUGGGGUAGCUUUGAGGUUGGCUUACGUGUACAUUAUAAUUUAACGAAGGAUAGGAGACUCAACGCCCUCAAUGUAGGCUGUGUUCGGUCAAUGGUCAUCGCAUGCAAAUGGACCAGUAAUCAAGGCCCCAAUGGAGGAGAAAAUUUCUGGAUAUUCAUAUGAGGAAGGGAUGCAAGUAAUGGGGAUGUUAUUCAUGAAAUACUUUUCGCUGGAGCAGAAUAGGAUCCUUGAAAUUAGAUGUAUCGGAAAAGGGGGUAAUAGGCCCUACUUCAGGGAAGCCGUUUCAAAUCAAUGAAGAUAAUGAUUUCUACUUUCGAAUGUUUCCAAAUUCUUCCAAUAAGUCGGCUCUUCGAGAAAAGGGGGGGGGGCGACUUGUUUGCUACGAAAAAAUGGAAACAUCAGCAUCAAUUUCUUCAAAUAGGAAAUAAGGCGCCGGCAACUGCGGAUUUCAAAAAACAAAAAACAAAAAUUGGGAAAGAUACGGCUAACGAUCAGGAGCAAGGAUAAAUGUGUCGAGUCGCUGACAAACUACUCCACUCAAUAGUCUAGUGACCUGGUAGACAAGCCUGAAUUGAGAGAGUGGGAAAAGGAGUCAACCCCUCCCACUAGGGCAUACAGUUUUCUCGGGGGACUCGGAAAAGACUCUUCAGGGACGAAAAAGGAUAAUAAGAGAAGCCGUAUAAUUUUCAUCCCGGUCCGGAUGUUUCCUCUACGCCCCUACCUUUUCAACAUCAGGCAAAUUUGAGCACCUGUCGUUAGCUCCUUCUACAUAGUCACCGUUUCUAUUCAAGCACUUUUGCUUACGAUGCUCCAACCAUCGUACACCCAGGUCAUAAAAUUCUACCACCAACUCCUUGAGUAACCUUUUCCUUGUCUUCACCACCUGUGUUUAAGGGUAUUCCAUCCAAGUUUUCCUUUAAUUUUGACAACAAAUGGUAAUCACUUGAGGAUAGAUCAGGACUAUAAAAGGUGGACCAUGACUGUCCCCUCAAAAUCUGUAAGCAAGUACCGCCUUUGAACAGAGACUUGAGGUCAAGCGAUGUCAUGGGGUACCCUCAUAUUUUUGAACCGUCUGUCAAAGUUUAUUAAUGUUCCAAGAAAUGUAAAGUCAACCAACAACAGCUAUUUCCUGUCCCAAAAGUCGCCUGCCAUGACUUUGCCAGUUGACUGAGUUUGCUUAAAUUUAUCCGGUUUCUUCAAAAUUGAG